AUGAUGCCAACUUUGGCAACAGAAGCAGCAACACCAAGGCCAGUUCCUGGAGCACCAGCAGUAGCAGAUGAACCUGUUGUUCCAGUAGCAAGGAGAGCUGUGCAUCCUCAAGAAACUUCUAUUAUAGAGGACUAUAUAAAAAUACCAGAUCAAAUCACAGAUGCACUUCAAUUGCAUUUGGAAGGUGUUUUAGUAGAAGAGAUGAAGAAGAUCCAAAGAGAGAAGGAGCUCACAGACCAGACAGACAAACAAAGACAGACAGACUCCAGUCUCAUCUCCAAGCUACAGGAACUGCAAACCCCCACAUCAGAGGCAGAUGCAGGCUUUGGUCUUCCUUUUAUUUCUGUCCUAUUGGAAAAGAUCUAG